CUUCAAAAGGAUGGAAUCAGAAAUAUCAAAGUUCGGGCCCUCACCCUUGGUGCCUUGUGUCCAAGAGUUAGCAAAGAAGGCAUUGAAACAAGUUCCUCCUCGAUACGCACGUACCGAUGAAGACUCUCCCAUCGUAUCUCACACAAAUCCGUCGCCACAAGUUCCUGUUAUUGAUAUGCACAUGUUAUCUUCCCAGGAAGAGAGGGAUCGCUUGCAUCAUACAUGCAAAGAAUAGGGUUUCUUCCAGUUGGUCAACCAUGGAGUGAGCACUUCACUGGUGGAAAAAAUGAAGAUGGAGGUCCAACAGUUUUUCAAUCUUCCAAUGGGAGAGAAGAAGAAGCUUUGGCCAAAACCAGGUGAAAUAGAAGGUUUUGGACAGGCCUUUGUUGUGUCUGAAGAGCAAAAGCUUAACUGGGGAGAUAGGUUCUACAUGAUUACCCUUCCAACUUAUUUGAGAAACCCGCACUUGUUCCCUAAUCUCCAUCUCGCCUUCAGAGAAACCAUGGAAGCUUAUUCAGUAGAACUGAAACAUCUGGCCAUGAAGCUAUUGGACUUGAUGGCAGAAGCUUUAGGGAUGGACCCUAAUGACAUGAGAUUGUUGUUUGAGGAAGGUCACCAAGGGAUUAGGAUGAACAAUUAUCCUCCAUGCCCAGAGCCGGAGCUUGCAAUCGGUCUGAGCUCUCACUCUGACGCCGUUGGACUCACCAUUCUAGUCCAGGUGAACGAGAUGGAAGGUCUCCAGAUAAAGAAAAAUGGGGUUUGGGUUCCCAUCAAACCACUUCCGAAUGCUUUUGUGGUCAACAUCGGAGACAUUAUGGAGAUAAUAUCGAAUGGGAUUUACAAAAGUGUUGAGCAUCGUGCGACGGUGAACUCGGACAAAGAAAGAGUACCAGUUGCCACAUUCUACAACCCCAAACUGGACGGAGAAAUGGGACCAGCACCAAGCCUAAUUACUCCACAAACUCCACCCCUGUUCAAAAGAAUUAGUGUUGCUGAUUACUACAGUGGUUUGUACUCCCGCGAGCUCCGUGGAAAAUUCUAUUGUGUUUGGUUCACGGAAUGUAAGAUUAUUGGUGGGAAUAAAAGAUUAACAGGGAAUAGGAUU